CUUUUGUGAUUGUCUGUUAUUAAUCGAUUUUAAUAAUUAUUUCGUACUCAUCCUACAAAAAAAUAUCUAAAACGAUGUAAGAAACUAGUAGACUUAAGAUAUUUCCAAUUUAGCAUUACGUUAAGAAAUUGUAACAAAUGAUAACGAUGGCUGCUCAUAAAAUGUUUAAUAAAGCAUCACCAAUCAAAGAUCCUUGUUCUUCUGAGAAAAGUUUCUACAUAUAGUUUAAAGAAUCUCAAACAUUGUAUAAAAUUUCUUUUAAAAUUUUUAUCUAACGUUCUCGAAAAUAUCGCUUUGUCCAAUAUCGACGGAUGAUUAUAAUGGUGUGCUUUCUUAUCUAUAUACAAAAUUAUACAAGUGAGAAAUUUUAUAAUUUUCCGUUUAAAAUAUCUUCCACAAGAACAUUACGUGUAAAAAAAUAAAAUUAUGUUUAUAUAUCGUUUUAAUAUGUCACGUUAAAGUGACCAAUGGAUCUAUUGUAAAACUCGGAUUGUAUAUUGCAUCAUAGAUAAGGAAGGACAUAAAAAUGUUCUCGGAAAUGUUCAAGUCAUAGCAUGACAAAAAACCGGCUGGCACAGGAUGCGACAUUAAAUAUAUAUUUUCAAGUAUGAUUAACACGCAGAUCUAGGUCUCAUUCAGGUCGACAAAAAAAUCUACGCACAUCUGUAACUCGCACUGAAAGCAAAAAGCAAACGUGCGGAAAUUCUACAGAGUUCUUUCCUAACAGAGGUAGAACAGGAAAACGGGGGAUCUAUAAUUUAUAACAAUUUAUAACAAAAAAGAUCUUCGCGCAAACGUACAAUAGACCUUAAAGCUUAUUGCUUUAAGGAAUAUUUUCAGAUAUCGCGAGAUAAACUCUGCAUCCUCUCUGUAACGCAACAAUUUGAUAAAUUAAAAAAAAUAAAGAAAGUUAAAUAAUUCAUACUUGAUUAACGCCAGGAAGCGGGAUCGCACCGUCCGUGGGAAUUGACAAAAACGAAAAAAGGGACAUGAGUAAAGAUGAGCAAUCACAGCAUUCACAGCGGUGAAGCGUGAUUCAGCGGUCGACGAUGCACGGAGCCCGCUCGGAGCAACUUGGCCGAGCGAGAGCGGCUGAGUGUACCGCUCUUCUGGGAAUCCAUAUUUCGCCAAUCGAGUCUCUGGUUCGGCCGUAGUUCGCCUCCUCCCGCCCGACCGAUUUCGUUUCAUUCAGGUCGACAACGACUAGAUCGAAGCAUCGUCUUGCGACGUGAUUACGCGAUGUGUUGUACCACGGCGAUUAAGUUUUUUUACGUUUCGAGAAAAAUAAUUGAACGAUCGAUCGUGCGAUCAAAUAAUUACUUAAAUAUUCGUAGCCAAAAUGUGUGGAAGAAGAAAGUUACGGUGAAUCUAUAUAUCAUAUAUUUAUAGUAUUUAAAGUGAUUAAGUGCAAUGUGAAAAUGAACACGAGCAUCGAUCAGUCGAUUAAGGCGCUAAUUCGAGCCUAAUCUCGGCGAAGACAUCUCGCCGGACUUACAAAAUGUAAUUUUGCUGGAAACCACGUUUCGACGCCGAAAUUUAGGUGAGAAUGCUCAACGUUACUCGAUGCGAGAUGGCGACGAUAAAUGAUCGAUUCACGAAGAAAAAUCGUGAAUUCCUUCGUCGACGUGUGGACAUUUCUCAAGAUUCGGACACCGUGCAUCAGAUACCAUCUGAAAUGACGGACUCUGAAUCAAAUUCGGGAUCGAAAUCGAAAUCGAAGAGGGGUAGUGAUAAGAAAAUACAAGUGUCCACGAGCUGCAGACAAACUCGUGCGAUGCAUUCGCAGGUGCAUGGAAUACCCAAUAUUGAAACCGUGGAACACAAAAUCGCGUCGGAAAACGACGAGAAAAACAACGAUGAAGAUCCCGAUAAUCGUCCCGAAUCUGAGCAAAUUAUGUUGCCGUCCGAUCCGUCCAAGUGGAACUCGAGUCACAUAAAUGAAUGGCUUCUAUGGUGCGGUCGGACAUUCGCUAUUAGAUCAGGAUCCAUCGCAGCGAUACUCCCGUCGACCGGCGAGGAAUUGUUGCGAUUAACGCUACAAGACUGGCAGGAUAUCGGCGGAACGGCAGGUAGUAUCUUAGCGAAACAUUUGGCUCAUCUUCAUCUACAAGCCACUGGCGUGCGUACUCCGGGUUUACUGCAAGAAAACGAAAAUAAUGAGAAAACUGAUAGGUUCAGCCUCCUACAACGGACUUGCUCGCUGAUUGGAUCAACGGCUGGAGCCAGUGCCUCGGGGGCGGUCGGAGGCGGACAGGUUCAGCUCUGGCAAUUCCUGCUGGAACUGCUCUCGGAUUCGUCUAACUCGUCCUGUAUCGCGUGGGAGGGCUCGAACGGGGAAUUCAAGCUCACCGAUCCGGACGAGGUCGCGCGUCGUUGGGGCGAGCGCAAGAGCAAGCCUAACAUGAAUUACGACAAGCUGUCACGCGCGUUGAGAUAUUACUACGACAAGAAUAUAAUGACGAAAGUUCAUGGUAAACGUUACGCUUACAAGUUCGAUUUUCACGGUUUGAGAAUGGCUUGUCAGUCGCAAGCCGGCAUCAUGUUGGAAGCAUCAACGUCGUCGCGUGUAACAAAUACGAGCUGUCAUCCUCAUCAUCAGACUCAUCGCUUAUAUCCAGUGGGAUCUGCUCAGCACUCCGUAUCGUCCUCAUUACAAACGGAACCGUCGCCUUCCAAUCAGCAGCAGCCGCCGCCACCACUGCCACCACCGCACUAUUGGUCAUAUCGAUAUUCACCACCGAAAUAACAUUGUCUUCAAUCAUUGUUAGAUAUAAGAUUAUGUUGGCCGAUGUCAACUUGAGUGGAUGAUAGCUCUUUUGAUUCCUUCUCCUCUCUCUUUCAUUCUUAUCUUAGACAUAUUGCCACUAUUUUUUCAUAUUUUGAACUCAGAAAUGACUAGAUAUAUUAUAUAAGAUUUUUAUUGCCUGAAAGACAAUAGAAAUCUUACAAAAAUAUUCACGAUUGAGCAAUGAACAUAAAUACCGUUAUAAUGAGAUCAAAGAUGACAAAAAUAUUAACCAGUAAUGAUUGACAGUGAUAUCAAUGAUUCGAAUCUAAUCAUUUCUAGCUGAGGAAUGUUAGAAUAAUACAGUUAAUUUCGUCUCAGUUCUCAUUGGCAAUCGACACGUCGUAGGGAUGAACUGUACAUACAUAAUGACUAUUGAUGAUAAUAGUAUACUAACGUGAAAUAUUUCAGACGUUUAAAGUGUGGCAAUCAUUGGGAUUCCCUCCGUAUUCUUUCACAAUCAUGCUCCGAGAUGUGCAAACCUGUAAAUAUACAUACACGAAGCAAUACAGCACAUUCUUAUUUCCUCGUUAUCACGACUACUACUCUUGUAGGAUCUACUAUAUCUUAGUAGAUUCUAUACUAACUCGUUAUUAACUAUAAUACUUUUAUAGAAUCGUAUACUCGCAAUGUAUAUUUUGU